AUGCUAUCAUUUACACCCUGCGUGCCCCCUUUACAACUCUUUCGGAUAAGAGACCCUCGGGGGAAUGCCGAUUUUAGCAGUUUACCAAGUGCCAUUUGGAAAGGACUGGACUUACUUGUACCUAGUGGAUCUCAAAGUCAACAGGAACUUGUUUAA